AUUUAUAUACAAAAAAGUAAUAACUUUUAUUUCCAGCGCCAGUCAUAUAGCAUACACAAGUCCAGACCCCUGGUCAAACCAAUGGUUGUAGUAACUUCAACAGGACACUUUGUGACAAUCAUGGGUCCUUAUAUUGCUAAAAACAAUGACACAACGAUAUUAAAUUACAUGUUAAAGAAAAAUGUGGAAGAUAUAAAGUCAUUCUUGAAAGAAGAUGAUGUAAUUGUUAUUGACAGAGGUUUUCGUGACUCGGUGUCCAUUCUCGAAGAUAUGGGCAUACGAGCUGCCAUGCCAACUUUCAUGAAGAAGGGAGAAAAGCAGAUGUCAGCGGAAGAUGCCAAUAUGAGCAGAUUGGUCACUAAGAUAAGAUGGGUGGUAGAGUCAGCUAAUUCCCGCAUUAAAAGGUACAAGUACCUUGACAAGGUACUUCCUACUAGUCAAGUUCCUUUUAUUGGAGACUUCAUAAAAAUAGUUUGUGCCAUCUCAAACAAGUACUUCCCUGCACUAAGUGGAUCAACCAGUGAAGAUGAAGAUGCAACACUAGCAGACCAUAUGCGAGAAUUAUCCAUGGAGGUAAAUACGCUGAAGGAAUUUGUUGAGGACAACCACUUGGACCGAAGAAAAACCCAAUGGACUCCAAUUGAUGAAACUGAUUUGGAGAAUUUUCCUGUGUUGACUGAUGAGCAGUUGAGAUCAUUAACAUGUGGUGUUUACCAGCUGAAGUUAAGUUCUUCAUAUAUCCAAGAAUACAUUGAAGGUGACUCUGUAAUACAUGCUCACAAGGAGGAUAACAAUUUGCUGUCAGUUAGAAUUCAAAGUCGACAUAUAUCAUCAAAGAAGUAUAUGCUGUGGAUAAGAUAUAACAGUAAUGCUGUAACCGCAUGGUAUUGUAAAUGUCGAGCUGGCGCGAGAGUUGUUGGUGUCUGUUCUCACAUUGCUGCUGUUGUAUGGUACCUUAGUAGUGCUAGGCAUGAUCCGAAUCGUGUGUCGUUUGGUGUUAGAAACUGGGGUCAGUACCUGACUGAUGCAAAUGAAUUACCAGAAUCAAUAGACUCUUCUGAUAUUGGUUCAGUGGCUAGCAGUUUAGUAGAAGAAUGAAUGAAAAUAGUCUUUGCAUAAUAGCCAUGUAUACGUAUUGAUUUGUUUAUCAGUGAAAAAGUACAGGCAGGAGUUUAGGUAAUGUCCUAUGUACUUUUGAUGUAAUAAUUCGCAUCCAAAAUACUAUCUAUAUUUAUUUCACCAAUAAAAUACAGCAAUGUAUUUAUAAUUUAAGUUCUAACACCACAAGUUAUUUAAAAAUAUCCUAACCACAUGUAUGUUGAAGUACUUCAUUACGACAUAAAAACAGAUAGACAUUGGAUGCGCUUGUUUCAUAUGUUAUGCUGUGAAGCACAUGCGGCACACAUUGUUCCCAAAGAAGCGUAUUAUAUUUUAUUUAAGAAAAAAUUUAUAGCAAAACAGUGCUUUAUCACUAUUUAUACACAAUGGGCAGUUAUACGUCAGACGUAAUUAUUUCGGACGACGUAUAACCGCCAGAGUGUAUAAAUAGUGAUAAAGCACUGUUUUGCUGUAAAUUAUUUCUAUUCUAAUAUGUUCUUUAUUGUAAAAUUUAUAUCAAAUAUGAUGGAACUGUUUCUUAGCUCAAGCAUGGCGCCAUUAGUAGGAAUUUGUUGAAACACGCCAAGACCGGAAACGGUAAUACGUCUUGCGGCAGAAUUCAG